CGCCGUGCUGCGCUCCCAGCGACACUCGUCGUGUCCCGCGGGGCCGGAGAUGCUCCCAACGGACGCCUUCGCCGACGAUGUGCUGCGCGUCUUCGGGGCCAACCGCAGCCUGUCGGCCGCGCAGCUCUCCGCGCUGCUGCACCGGCUGGGCGCUGCGCCGGUCCUGGGCGCCGUGCUGCCGCUCACCCACCUGCACCACAACCAGUGCUUGACUGGUGAGGAAAUUUUUUCUUUGCAUGGGAUACCGAACAACAGUCUCAUAUCAAAUUCAAGCUUCUCUACGAUAUGUCCUGCUGUUUUGCAACAGCUCAUUUUUCACCCGUGUGAUGAUCAGGAAAACUUUGUGGAUACAUCUAAACCACAUUCUUUACAAGUUUGGGGAUUUGGGUUCCUGGCUGUGACUAUCAUUAACUUGGCAUCACUUCUAGGACUGAUUUUAACUCCCCUAUUAAAGAAGUCAUAUUUUCCCAAGGUUUUAACCUACUUUGUGGGAUUGGCCAUUGGUACUCUCUUUUCUAAUGCAAUUUUCCAGCUCAUUCCAGAGGCAUUUGGAUUUGACCCAAAAGUAGAUAACUACAUUGAGAAAGCAAUUGCUGUGUUUGGUGGAUUCUAUAUUCUCUUCUUUGUGGAAAGGAUUCUUAAAGUCAUAUUGAAGAUCUAUAACCAGGCUGGCCAUAAUGACUCUGAAAACAGCGGACAGAAUCGUUCUCAGGAGAAGACUAACCCACCCAAACCACUGUCAUCCAGCAAUGGGGGGACAUGUUAUGCAAAUUCAGCCGUCAUAGAGAGCAAUGGAAAUCUUGGUUUUGACAGCAUCAGUGUGGUCUCGGCACAGGAAGAAGCCACCCAAGCCAAUUUAUGCAAGUGCCUUAAUGGACGUCCACUGUCAAAGAUUGGUACCAUUGCUUGGAUGGUAACACUGAGUGAUGCCGUACAUAAUUUCAUAGAUGGUUUGGCUAUUGGUGCUUCUUUUACUUUGUCUCUGUUUCAAGGGCUUAGUACCUCCAUAGCCAUCUUGUGUGAAGAGUUUCCUCAUGAACUGGGGGAUUUUGUCAUCUUGCUUAAUGCAGGAAUGAGUACUCGUCAGGCUCUGUUUUUCAACUUUCUGUCUGCAUGUUCCUGUUACAUUGGGAUGGCUUUUGGUAUAUUAGUAGGCAACAACUUUGCUCCUAACAUCAUCUUUGCCGUAGCUGGUGGAAUGUUCCUGUACAUCUCUCUGGCAGAUAUGUUCCCAGAGAUGAAUGAUAUGCUGCGAGAGAAAGUGACAGGAAGAAAGAUGGAUCUGACAUUCUUCCUUAUUCAGAAUGCUGGUUUACUAACAGGGUUUACUGCUAUACUGAUGAUUACCUUGUAUGCAGGAAAUAUUGAGCUGUGAUAAUGCAAGUGAAAAUGGAAUCAGUACUGAAGACAUCAAGUAAAUUACAAAUGGAAGACACUUGAAAUCCAUAAAGGGAUAUUCUUUUAAUCUACUUGGUUUUGAAAUGGUGACAAGUCCCAUCCUGUCCCCCUUGCUCCAAAUACAGCAAAUUCUUCUUUAGGACUUGCAGUCAAUCCAAAUAGUAGAAGCUGUCAGCUUCUGUACUAUGCCAAAGAACCAAUUCUAAUGUUUUUAUUUCUACUUAAGAUUAACAGACAUACAUGAACUGUCAUAGAGAAAGAAUGUUACUUGGCCAGUAGAAUUAUGCAAUACUUGCAAUUCAAGACCAAAUGAAAGCUGAGGUCUUUCAGGGAAGAUGCUUAUUUAAAAGAAAAUAAUGGAGUCUCAUAUCCUUUUUUAACUGUGAUGAAGGCAAACAGUUUCAAACUAGUUAAUUUUCAUUACUUUUUUUUUUUUUUGGUAGGAUUUGUCUGUGUAGCAUCCCCUUUCCCCACCAAAAAAAGAAGUAUAAAAAAAUCAAACUUUUUCAGAGUAGUUACUAAUGAAGCUAAGAUUUUUAAUUACUAAUUAACACUGGAAGGAAAGAUACCAGUUACUGCUUUUGAUCUUUUCUCUUUAUAAGUGCACUAGGGAAUUGUUGAUUUAUUUUGAGAACCACUUUUCUGAAUUAGAGGAAACCUGUGUUAAAUUUAUGACAAUUUAUCAACUCCGUAAUAUUUUAGAAAUAUUGAUUAUUUUAAAAGUGUUCAAGCAUUUUGUAUUUUAUAAAAAAUGUUUUAUACUUAAGUUCCACAAAUAUCCCUUUUAAAAAUGAAUAUUUUGGGUUAAAAAUUUUAAAGAUUAAGUGUUAGUUUUACGAAGUGAAAUUUAGAAAAAAACCUCGCUGAAAUCAACAUUCCAGUAAGCUUUUUUGUAAUUUGAAUAAUUUCCUUGUGUGCAGUUGGGUGAAAGUAAGUCAUACUGAAAUAUACAAACUCAUCACAAUCUGUUGCAUGUGAGCUUUCUAAAAUCAUACUUAUAUGUAUGAGUUCUUCUGAAAUAAAUGAUUUAGCUACUCUGGUGUUGUAAGAUGUGUGCAAGGAAAUUAAUAAAAAAAAUAUUGCGUUUCAGUUACCACUAAGCUUUAAAGGAAGUGCUGUUAUUCCCUAGUAAGUUACUUUUUUUCGUUGAUUUUUAGGCAAGAUUUACAGCUUCAGAGAAGAUACUGUUUCUUGACGUAUUUCCUGGCAGUAGGAAGGGAUAAAUCUUUUAUUUCUAUUUCAGUAUUAAAGUAUAUUUUCUAUCAGGUAAAAGACUUAUUUUAAUAUUUUAUUUGAAUAUUAUCUGUAAUUACAUUAGAAAAAAUAACUUCUCUACAUGUCUGGUUUAUGAAAGCUUAAAGUUAAACUGCACAGGAGUUGUAAAUGAUACUUAUUUUAAAAUACACUAUAAAUGUUAAUUAUAGUAGUCUCUGAUAUUUGCUGUAUGGAAAAAGCAUUUAUUAGUCACUUUAAGUUUCAGUGAAGAAGAACCCACCCACUCCACAUUCUUUCCUUUAAUUCUUUCUUUCAUUAGAUUCCUUGGUUAUAAGCUGUUUGUAAAUGCUAUUCUUGUAGAUAACAAGAAUGUAACUAUGAAUGUUUAUUGACUUUUGAAAAUCAUUUGCUAAUAAUAUGCCUGCAUGAUAUUUUUUACCUUUAAAUCCAAACAUUUGCAAGGAAUACUUGAUUUUUGUUAUCUCCCUAAGGAGGAGAAACUGAGAUGCAACGAGUCAUUGAAAUAACCUACUUUUAGAUCACAGAGAAGACUAGAGAUGGAACAAAAUAUGAUUUUUCGGGGUAGUGUGCUAGUCACAAAUCAAAUUGCCUUUUCUGCUAGUGGAAUAUUUAGUAGGUAAGAAAGCUUUUUGAUUUCUCUCAAGCUGGUUUGUCUGUAUAAUCUUUGUUAUUAUGUUUGUCCAGUGCAUAUACAAUAAAUCUAUUCCAAUUCUAGGA